UGUCUAUACUUCAUGUUCGGUGACAACUGCUCCGAGCCUUGCCGCUGUAACAAAGAAAAUACACAGAUGUGUGAUAACAUCCAUGGCGAUUGUCUGUGUCAGGCUGGAUGGCAGGGACUCACGUGCUCUGAUGACGUGGACGAAUGUCUUGGCACCAAUGACGUUCUCUGUCCAGCAAACUCUGACUGUCUCAACACACCAGGAAGUUUCAGGUGUGAGUGU